UAUAGGGAACAAAAGGGGGGGGGCGACGAAAUCGCCCACCUGCCCCACCUCUCCAAUGCCUACCGCCGCCGACUCGCCCUCCUCCUCCUCCAAUGCCUCAUCCAUCUUCGUCGCCGGAUCCGAUCCUGACGAGAAGCACAUCGUCGGCGCCUCAGGGGCGAGCGUGGCUCACUCAUGGCUCGCUCCCGAUCCUCGACCUUGCAUCCCUCCUCUCCUCGCCGAGCCUCGCCUCGCCUCCCUCGCUGACUCUCACCGCCCCUCUCGCUCCCUUAUUGAAUCACCAGCCGAUGCCGGCGCCAUUUCCUCAGGUCCUUGCCUCUCCAUCCUCCGGAUCCAGUGACAACCCUCUCUGCAACUGGCCUACGACACAUUCCAAUCCUCUAACCCCCGACCUCUGCCUAUCGCCCUUUCUCUCGGCCCGCGUCAUCUCCUCCUCCUCCGCCACCGGCGCUGCCAACUCUCCCUCCCUCUCCGGGUUUAGGGCCGUACUCCUCGCCCUCUUUGCCGCCGAGGUCAGAACCCGCGCAGGGAGGCCCGUUCUCCUGCCACAGGCCAUCUUGUCUUCCCGUUGCUGGAUUCAACUGGAUAACAGUACAAGGAAAUCUGCCAAAACUGUAUCUGCUUUCAAAUGAUACUGUCAAUGUGGAACUCACAAAUUCAACUAAAUCAAUCGCAUUUAAAUGAGGAGGUAAUGAAGUAAACCUUUAUAAAUUGGGGAUGAAACCUCUACAUCUCCUAUCGGUAUAAAUCUAACUCAGUGGGCGGAUUAUUCUUCCUCCUCCCUGCGACACGGAAGGCGGUUGCAGUGGCGUCGGCUCCUCCCCUCCCCUCCACUUGUUUCUUUAAAGCGACCCGGGUCUCGACGCAGUCCCACUCCAAUUCCCGUGGCCUGCUCUUGCCUUAUCGCCGGCCCUCCUCCGUUCUCCAUUCAAUCCUCCACGGAAUAUACGGUGGCCCGCCGCCGGAGGCUGCAUUAGCACCGCCGCGGCCCUCCAUUUUCCCAACUACUCGCGCUCUUCUAAGUGGUUACUCUGUAAAGGGCCCCCCUUCCUCCCUCGGUUUUGGGUUGGUUCGGUAACCUUUCCUGCGAUGAAGAAGGUCACGAUCAACCAGCAAGAUAUCUUUAUUCUCUCGGAAAGGUACAGCCCAAUAACGGUUCUUACUCUAUUACAAGAGGUUUCUGCGGCUGUUGAUGUUAAGAUAGACUGGAAUGCGCUUGUCGAGAAAACUGCAACUGAAAUUAUGAAUGCCCGAGAGUACCAAAUGCUGUGGAGGCAUUUGGCCUACCGUCACCCAUUGCUUGAUAAGAUAGAAGAAGCAGCUGAACCUUUGGAUGAUGACAGUGAUCUCGAGAUAGAAUUAGAAAUUGCACCUCCUAACAUAGAAGAAGCCUUAUGUCAGGCGAAAGAGUACGCCCAGCUUUUGUUAGGCAUAACGAAGAAGACAGAUCUAAAAGCUCCUUUGGCUGAUAAAGGAGUUGACAAGGAGAUGCUAGACGCCGCUCCAGAUAAACAACCCCCUCAAACUAGCCAUGUUGUUGCUUCUAGCAGUCUCCAGAAGAAGCUGAUCCAGCCAACAGGAGCACCUAUUGUCGGCGGCAUUGAACCAGGAUUGGAUGAGGCAACAGAGGGUGUGGUUGGGGAUGUGCAGGGCCUGGUCGGCAAGAAGCGGCAGCUUGGUGAUGGGGCAGAUGAGACUCCGGUUGACUAAAAGCCACCUCUCGAUGCUGGUGAUUUGAAGCGAUAUGGGGCAAAUGAAGUGGUGGGGGACUUCUUGAUCCCUUAACGAUGUCUACUUGUCUAUGCAGUUUCAUCAUGGUUAUGUUCCCAUUUAACAUUGGUUUUGUGUUUUCUUUUGUUGCUGUUUUCUAGCCUUCAAAUGAUACUGUCAAUGUGUAACUCACAAAUUCAACUAUUCAAUCUUUUAAAUGAGAUAAUGAAGUAAACUUCUAU